AUUGUCAGCAGGAGAAAAGCCUUAUCACUGUGUACACUCUGCCACUACCUGGAACAAAAUCCUGGGGAGACAACCUGCACUAUCUUCUGCACCUCAGGACGCGGACAGUGACAAGCAGUGUGCAUUCUUGAUCCCUGCAGGCUGAGGAGCAGUGAACGACAUUCAAAUUCCGACGUAUGCCUUGUAUCUUGCGUGCCCGCGCCAACGACGCAGUUCCCAAGAGGUUACUGUACUGUGGACAUUGCGAAGGGUUUGAGAAAUUAGGCUAGACACUUCACCUGCUGCCUUCCUACCAGCGGGAGAAAGACGGCGCUCCGUCGCUCCCCUAGUAGGGGUUUAUGCCUUCGGAGCAUACUCCUUCACUGAAUAGCUUUGAGGUUUUGAAAUUGAUGAACGCGGUGGCCGCACAGGUCGGCGUACAGCGGUACAGGGAAAAUCAUAGGCAUCUUCUCCGAACGGGGGAAAUUAUAGACAUCUUUUCCGAACGUUGAUUUCCUCAGAGUAUCAAAGAGCUGGCGAACGAAGUAGGCGCUCAGUGCAGAUUAACACUGCCUGCACUAGCUGAAGAAGCUGCGCAGAGCUUCGACAAUGGGGAAGCGGGAAGGGAAAUCGUCCAAAAGAUCGAAGCCCGAAGUGGAAGAAGAAACAAAUGCAGCUGAUGAAGCACGUUCCCAACCUGCGAUUGCUGAAGAGCCUCCUGCCAAACAACCCAAGACUGAGCAUGGAGGACAGGACGAUAAAUCGAGUAGCGUGUCGGCUGCAAGUGAACCAAACCCAGCUGCUGAGCAAAGUGACGAAGUUGGGAAAAUGUCAAGCAAGGCCUUGCCAGCUGAUUUAUCUGGCGUAGUAGCAAAUGUGCCGCGUAUGAAAACAAGUCUCUGCUCCUACUUCCGGAAGGGGAACUGUAGACACGGAGAUUUGUGCAGAUAUGCGCACGGUGAAGCUGAGCUUAAGCCUAGACCUGAUGGCUCCUGGGAUCCCACUUCUGACUUUGCCAAGAGUUUAGCCAGGGACGCUCUACCUGUUCCCGCCGCAGUUAAACUUGUUGCUCCAAUUUCAGUGGCUGAAGAGGCAGCUGAAGAUGAUUCUUCAGAAAUUACAAUCAAGAAGUGCAUCACGCCUGUGCAGCCACGGUGGUCUAAUGAUGAUUUAAAAAAAUUCUUGACUGAUAUGAAUAUCUCAUUUGUCACUGCCAAAAAGAGGAGGGGAGAUAGAACAGCUUUUGUUGGUUUUCAGGAUGAAGAUCAGGUGGCCAGCGCAAUAAAGAUUUUUGAUAGCAUCAAGGAAGGUGGUCGAAAGAUGCAAGUCAAAGAUGUCCUUCCGCGUACAUGGGAAAGGAAUGCUGAAAAUGUGAGUGCUGUGGACGAUGUAAUGGCUGAUGCGGACAACGACGAAGGGAUGGAAGCUGCAAAGCCGGGAGUCACAAUUCGAGUUAAAAACAUAUGCGAUGCAGUGACUCCUCUAGGACAUCUGACCUACGAAGAGCAGCUUAAUAUCAAGAGAGAGGACGUUACUCAAGUCCUCAAGCGACUUGCUCGUAAUACCCGAAAGGGACUUCCUGCGGGAGUAUUGAUGCCCGACUGGAUGAUUGCCGCGAGGGAUAAUGGAGGACUGCCAUGUGCGUUGGAAGGAGUACUUUCAUCACCAGUUGUCGAUGGAUACCGUAACAAAUGCGAGUUCAGUAUCGGCUGCGCAGUUGACGGGACCAGAGCCGUAGGCUUUCAACUAGGUUCCUUCAGGGAGGGUAUACUAGCUGUGGCAGAGCCGACCGACUGUCGGAAUGUUUCAAGUAUAGCACGUUCAUAUGCCGCUGUCUUCCAAAAGUUUGUCCAAAUCUCCGACUUACCUGUCUGGAAUAAGACGAACAACAAGGGUUUCUGGCGUAUGCUCACGGUUCGAGAAGGUCGUGGUUCUCUUGAAAAGAAUGCCGGUGAACAACCUUCUGUCAGCGAAGUGAUGCUGUUGGUGCAGGUUUGUCCGACUGGCAUUGAUGAAGAAACCAGGAACGUGGAGUACAAGAAGAUGGUGGACCAUCUGUCACUAGCAUCUUCUGCUGCUUCGCCUCCUCUUCCUCUUACAGCACUGAUUGUUCAGGAUCAUACCGGCGUGUCAAAUGCUGCCCCUGCUAAUGCACCUUUGCACGCCUUGACCAUACCUGGGGAGCACCCUAAAGCACAAGCACCAGUUAAUUAUAUCCACGAUCAUAUUAGCAACUUAAAGUUCCGCAUUUCUCCUACCGCAUUUUUCCAGGUUAACACUCUGGCGGCCGAGAGACUCUACAGUCUCGCAGGGGACUGGGCGGAGCUGACACCAGACACGCUUCUUUUUGAUGUCUGCUGUGGGACUGGAACAAUUGGCUUGACAUUGGCUCACCGAGUUGGGAUGGUUGUGGGAAUAGAGAUGAAUCAAUCGGCGGUUGCCGAUGCUAAGCAGAAUGCAGAAAUUAAUAACAUCACCAACUGCCGCUUUGUUGCCAGCAAGGCAGAAGAUGUGAUGGAAAGUCUGCUGAGGGAGUAUAUUACGUCCGAAGGGGAAGAAGAGAAUUCUGAAAAUGAGGCCGAGUCAGUUGAGAAGAAAGGCGACAAGAAACGAUUUAAGAACAUUGUAGCGAUAGUUGAUCCUCCACGAGUUGGUCUUCACCCUGUUGUACUGAAAACUCUUCGACUUCACACACAGUUACGGCGUCUUGUAUAUAUAUCGUGCAAUCCCCAAAGCUUGUUAGCCAACGCGGUGGAACUGUGCACACCAUUAAGUCGAGAGAACAGCACCGAGAAGGGAAGUGGCCGGGGAAAUUGGAGAGGUUUGAGUAAUGUCGGCCUAGCGCGCAAUCGUAUCAAGAAAAUGCCUCCAUCUACACCAUUCAACCCAAAGAAGGCCAUGGCUGUAGACUUAUUCCCGCAUACAAGCCAUUGUGAAAUGGUGAUGCUCUUUGAAAGAUAAAGAGCGUGAUCCAUUCCCAGUACUUAGGUGGAGAAAUUAUCCAGCUAGUUUUAUUUAUGUACCUUCUCUUGUAAACAACCUUAGCAUAUCCUUUUCGCUCACAUGAUGAGAAGGAUCGGCCUCAGCCCAGGACAAAAAAAGAUAUAGGGCAUAAACCGUACGUAUUGAUGUCCUCUACGUUCUGGGAAGCUACGAAAUGAGUAGGUUUUUUUUAUUUGAGAAUUUUUCGCAUCUGAUAUGUGGGUAGAAUUGCUCCUAUUGUACCAACAUUUGUAGUCUGAGUUAUGAUAGUUCUGCCAUUCUUUACUAUCAUUAUAUUCAGGGCUAGACCCUUUGAAGAAUAUUUUAGCUC